AUGUCUGCCCCGCUGGUCAAAGUCUUGCACCGACUACAGGAGCUCUUUCAGAACGUCGUCUCCGCCAUCGAGACCAUGAUUCUCUUCCCUUCCCUCUUCCGCGGCUUUGGGCGGCGCCGCCGCAAGCCCUUCGUGGGCGCUCACUGGCGCCGCCGCACGCUCGAUGACUUCGCCGACGAGGUCGAAAGGCUCUUUACCUCCCCGCUCACCACCGAUAACAUGGUCGACAUGUCCAGCAAGAUCCGCGCGCAGUUCCAGCACUGCCUUCAGAACAGCCCCUGCUGCAUGCUCCCUUCGCACACCCACGCCCUUCCCACCGGCUCCGAGAAAGGCACCUUCAUCGCACUGGAUGUCGGCGGAUCGACGUUCCGCGUUGCACUGAUCGAGCUGUCCGGGCGGGAGCAGGAAAUGCGCAUUGUACGGGUCUCGUCUACAAGCAUCGAUAACAAUAUUAAGCUACUGGAGGGAACAAAGUUUUUUGACUGGAUGGCUGGGCAAAUUGAUAAUAUGUUGAAGGAUGUGGGCACCGAUUUUGGCCGUGGGGAGGUCCCCUUUGUCGAUGGGCCUGUCGUGACCUCCGUCAGCAGUGGGCUGGUGAUUCACAUGGGCAAGGGAUUCCAUUGCUCAGAUGGUACGCUUGGACAGGAGCUGGGGCAGCUGCUAAUUGAUUCCUGCCGUAAACGCAGCUUAAAUGUUGAGGUGGCCGCUAUCGUCAACGACAGCUCUGCUGCGCUACUGUCGCGUGCCUAUGUUGAUCCGAAGACCCGGAUGUCUCUCAUUCUGGGUACGGGUACCAACAUGGCUCUUCACUUUCCUGUCCACGAAAUCGGCCGCAGCAAGUUCGGUGUCCGUCCUGAGGGAUGGUUUGAAUACGCUAAGAACGUCAUCAUCAACAGUGAGAUGAGCAUGUUCGGUGGUGGCGUUCUGCCCAUGACUCGGUGGGACGAGGUUUUGAACCGUACCCAUUUACGCCCCGAUUAUCAGCCCCUGGAGUACAUGAUCACCGGCCGAUAUCUGGGUGAAAUCGUGCGACUGAUUAUUUUGGAGGCUGUGGAAACCGCGAAUCUGUUUGGUGGCGAACUUCCGCAUUCGAUGCGUGAUCCCUAUUCUCUUAACACCAGCAUCGUUGCGUUCAUCGAGGAGGACUCGACUGUGUCCAUGGCCGCAUCUGCAGCUCUUCUCCAGAAAGAGCACACCUUCCACAGCUACCCCUCAGUCGAUGAUCUGCAUUUCCUCCGCCGCGUUAGUCAAGUCGUCUCCCGCCGCGCCGCUGGCUAUUUGGCCACUGGCAUCCACAGCAUGUGGUGCCUGCGCAACGAGGCCGAUUCACCUCACAUCUCUGUAGCAGAAUCUCUGACCAAGGAUAUCCCUGAGGUCACUGUUGUCGAAAGCGAGGACUCCGCCAAGACCGUAUCUAUUGCCUGUGACGGUACCGUGAUCAACAAAUACCCCGGAUUCCGCGACACUUGCCAGAAAUAUCUCGACCAACUGUCAGAGCAGACCCAUCCCGGUUCUUCCUCGGCCAUUCGUCUUGAUCCCGCACCCGAAAGCGCCAUUCUGGGUGCUGCGGUUGCUGUCGCUGUCGCCGUCGCCGAAAAGGCCGCCUUAUAG